AUGUGUCAGAAGCAAAAGGCAUCCAGAAGACUACGAGGAAAAGUGUCACAUGGAUACGGUAGAACCAACAAACACAGAAAACACUCUGGUGGAAGAGGAAAGUGUGGUGCAUUCAAGUUCAUGAAGACUUGGUACAUGAGGUAUCACCCAGACUUCUUUGGAAAGAAAGGAAUGAACAUCUACCACGUCAAGAAGAACGCAGAAUGGGCUAGAUGGAUGCCACUCUCACGCGUAUGGGGUCUCAUUCCAGAACAGCAAAGGAAGGAGCUCAUUAAUGGAGAGGGUGUGCCUGUGAUAGAUGCACGCGAGUUUGGAUAUCACGUGAUUAUUGGUGGCGAACUCCCGCUGAAUAGACCAGUAGUGGUUAAGGCAAGGCACUUUACGCCAGCAGCCGUGACUGAAAUCGAGAGCAAAGGUGGUAGAGCCAUUAUCGUUGACUAA